AUGAAUCUAUCAUAUGCAGACCUGAGACCCAAAGAUCAAGUACAACUGAAUGUGUAUGAUGAUGACCGUAACGAUCAUCGAUCGUCGUCACAACACGUUCAGAAGAAUUCGAACAGCACCAGCAGCAGCUAUUCCAAAUUCAGUCCUCAACAUACCAAUCGUGCGACUGAAACUGAUACAGUCGCAAAUAACAGUACUGUAAAUGUCUUGGCUGCUGUUCUUCCACAGACUCGAUCAGCCAAACGACGGAACAAGUUCCGUACGGUUGCAAAGGUUAUCAGUACAUCCAAACAACGAUUUCAGGCUUCUUUUAAUGCUCGGACUGCACGGUCCGCCUCUUCUUCUUCCUCUGCCUUGACUACCAAUAAUAUCAAAAACAAAUUGUCACUCCUCGAUCCGAAACAACAAUUACAGAAAUGGAUAAAAGAACCUACCGAAUUGAAACGGAAGAGAAAUCUCAACAUACGGUACAAAUCUCAAUUGGAUGAAAUGCGAGAACACAAUCGUGGCUUGCUCCAACAAGUUCGGAUGGAAAAGAUGGACUUUUCUCAUCAACGGCUAGAACUGGAACGGGAAGUUUUGGAAUUAGAGACACGAUUGAAGCGUAUCAAUGAUCCCAUCACCAGCAGUCGGUCCUCCCAUCAUUCAGAGGCAUUAUGGGUGGAAGACCACCACUGCGAAUCAGGAAAGCAUCACCAUCAUCAUCAACAGCAACAACAAGUAUUAGAGCCGGUCCGAACGAUGAGACCGAGUAUCGGCAUCGGCACACCUCCUACUUCUACUACUAGCAAUGACCACCACUUGUCAUGCAAACACUUAAAGGAAGAUCCCAUGGAACCCAUGGCUCCAAUUCUCACGGAUACUUUCAUUGCAGUAAAAGAAGAACAAAAGGAAAAAGAUGCAGUUCCAGUUACAGCGCCAAGUAGUUCUACCACGAUUUCCACUCAUUCCUUGCCGCAAGCAAUACGGACGACACAAAUCCCUCGAAAAGAUGAUUCCAAGCAAGCCAAGCAGAAGGCUGUUCCAAUUCCAAAGGCCACGCCCAUGACGCCAAAGGACCCCAUGUCCAGUAUUAGUAGUACUUCCAUGGUGGAAGGUACUCGUGCUGCUAUUCACAAACAAGCCAACAACAGCAGACCCGAGCCGCUUCGAGUCCGAAACGCCUUGUCUCGCGCUCGAUUGGCCGCUGCCAACAAGAACAGCAGCAACAACAACAACAACAACAAUACACCCAGUCUUGUUCCACCGAUGGAAACCUCACCCAAGGAUCCCUUGACCAUGUCGUCGUCAUUGUCAUUGGUGGUGGAUCCACAGCCCUUGGAAGCAUCGUCACCAUCACUGUCUAACAAUCAUCUUCCGCCUACAGUAGACAAUAGAUACAUAAUAGGAAGAAGUGGUUUUGGAUGA